UGUUUUAUAUUUUUUCUUCCGGAGCGUUCUACUUGUGUGUUUCCUUGUGCAUGCGGAGGACAUGUCCCAUUGAGCUGCAGUUCGAUCCAGAAAUUGAAAAGACAGCUCGCGCAAUUCGGAAGGCAACAAGGGAAGCUCAAGCUUCAAGAGGAAAAGCUUUGCUAGGUGGUACACCGGACUGUCAAGGACAGAGUUCAGCUACAAUGGAAGAAGAGCAGGAUCCACCGGUCCACGUUCCACCGGUUCCUCAACCACAAAGACGUACUCUUGGUGAUUAUGGGCGGAGAGAUAAUGACGCCCUAGCCAAUCAGGGUUUUCAACCGGCAAACCCGGUUUCUUUUGACAUUAAGAAUACUGUCUUAUCCGCACUCAAAGAGAACCCCUACUCCGGAUCGGAAUCCCAAUGUCCCAACCUACAUUUAUCACAUUUCUAUGAGGCUUGCGAUUAUACCGACCCACCGGGGGUAAGUGAAUCGGAUAAGAGACUUAGGUUGUUCAAGCACUCUCUCACCGGCCGUGCUAAGGAUUGGUUGGACACAAUACCUGCCGGAACUAUUGAGACAUGGAGACAACUUGAGCGGAAGUUCUUAGACCGCUACUUCCCUAUUCAUAAGUUUUUGGAAAGAAGGGCUGAAAUUAGCAACUUCGAGCAAGCAGAUGGGGAGACGCUCUAUGAUGCUUGGGAGAGGUUCAAAGUUUGUCUUAAAAGGUGCCCGAAUCAUGGUUUCGACGGCCACAAUCAGAUGCAAAUGUUCACCCAAGGCUUGAGGGCGCAAACGCGCAUGAUACUUGACGCAUCAGCCGGUGGUUCGCUGAAAAAUCGGGACGAGGCUGAAGCAAGAGAAUUGGUGGAAAAUUUUGUGGUUUUGGACAUAGAAGAAACUAGGGAGUGA